GUUCUCAGUUCGACGCAUUUUGCAUACCACGCUGCAUCGUGUGGUCUUGUGAUAAGAUUUUUUCCGCACCUUGCGCGCUCGGAUCCUAGAUUCGUGCGUCUGUGCUUGCAGCACGCUUCACUUGAACAGCAAUACGAACUGCCGACGUGGGAGGACCAGGG